CUACCGGUCAAUGGCUUUCGACCGGCGCGCGCGAGAGGUGUCGUCAAUGAAGUCGCGCCAAGAAAAGCCGCACCGGCCAAUCGGAGCGCGUGGUCAGCCCCGCAUCGAGCUUCUCCAUUCGACCCCGCCAACGCCGCGGCUCGUGCUGGACAAAUGCGGGGAGAUACCUCAACUCAUGUAGACAUUGACGUCCAGCCUUUUCCAUUGAACCACGUGGACUCCUAGUGAUGGCCGAACUUCAAGACAUCAAGCCUUUUGAUCCGACUAUUCCACAGGCUGAGGUGGAUCGGCUGAAACGAAAACUGGAAGACACAAGGCUCCCUCCCAAACCCAUUGUCCCCGAAGCCCAGGAUGGAGAUGCAUAUGGCCCGCCCGCUACAUGGGCGAAAAAACUUCGGGAUGCGUGGGUCAAUGACUUCGAUUGGAGCGAACAUCAAGAGAGAAUCAACAGCGCUCCACACUUCAUGUACCACCAUCCCGAAGGUAUAAAGAUUCAUUUCCUCCAUUCGAAGAGCCCUCGGGAGGAUGCUAUUCCUCUGAUCAUGUGUCACGGCUGGCCAGGGAGUUUCUACGAGUUCAAUCAGGUCUGGGGCCCUCUGGCAAACCCACCCAGCAAGGAUCUUCCUGCCUUUAACGUCGUUGUACCCUCUCUCCCUGGCUACGGAUUUUCCGAUUGGCCUCCACGGUCAAAGUGGACGUUGCAGGACACUGCAAGGAUUUUUGAUGCGUUGAUGAAACGGCUUGGGUAUAAUAAAUACUAUUUCCACGGCGGUGAUUGGGCGCACUGGAUUGGUCGCGAGAUGGGUUGCAGGUACACCGACUCCUGCAAACUGAUCCAUUUCAAUUUCGCUCCGUCUCCUCUACCCAAGCUUAACCAUCGUGGGCGCAACGAAUACACUCCACGCGAGUUGGAGGUCCAGGGCAGGGUAGACGACUGGUUGGAGAACCACAUGGGGUACGCCAUAGAAAUGCGCACCCGCCCAAUGACAAUCGGCUGGGGAUUCCACGACAACCCCAUCGGCAUCAUGAUGUUCGUCGGCGAAAAGUACCUCGAAGCCGCCGCCCCAGAAUCGUGGGAAACACGCUAUUGGACCCAGCAUGUCCUCGCCACUUGUUCAAUCUACUUCUUCACCGGCACAAUCAUGCCUAGCAUGCUUUGCUACUACGAAAACGUUCGACACGAGCAUUUCGCCGAGUUCGCCAUCGACCCAUCCAUUCGAAUCACGGUGCCUUUCGGCUAUACUAGCUUCUACUGGGACACCGAGCCGUCCUCCAAGCGAGCGGUGGAGAGGACGGGCAAUUUGGUGUUUUAUAAAGAGCGAGACGAUGCUGGUCAUUACGUAGCAGCGGAAAGUCCGAACUCGAUUAUACAAGACGUCAGGGCGCUCGCUGUACAAGAAUGGCACAAAGCCGUCCGUUCUUAG